AUGGGCAUAGAUACUUCCCUGGAUGCCGUCGAGGAAUCGACUGAACCUCCUAUAUGUCCUUAUACGGAGCCCUUACCCAAUUUGAAUCCAGCCCACCCUAGUGUAGGACAUGAGCUGUGUGACCCAUGUGAGAAACCUCAACUGCCGACCACGGAUGAUCAGUCAUCUACCGAUACUGCCCAGUCUGUCUCUGUCAGCCUCUUUGAGCCCAGAGAAUACGAUAUCCAACAAGCCCAUAUUUUAGACCCUUCCCGAAUCGUUUCACUUCUCAAUACCGAUCUACACAAUGGACUGUCCAACGGUGAGGCGCAACUGCGCCUCGAAAGAGAUGGCCCGAAUACCGUUCGCGAAAUCAAGGGCAUCUCCGUCUGGGGGAUAUUACUAAGACAAGUGUCCAAUAGUCUUACUAUAGUUCUACUACUGACAAUGGGGUUGUCCUUCGGGAUUGAUGAUUACAUUGAAGGCGGAGUUAUCACCGCAGUGAUUCUAUUAAACAUCAUUGUCGGGUUCUUCCAAGACUAUCGUGCAGAACGAACGAUCCUUUCCCUCAGUUGCUUGUCUGCCCCAGAAUGCAAAGUCAUUCGAGAGAGUCGAAUCACGCCCGUUAAAGCCGAGACUCUGGUCGUGGGAGAUGUUGUUAGCCUUUCAGUAGGUGACAUCGUUCCCGCAGACCUACGACUCUUCGAUGGUAUGAAUGCCUCCAUGGACGAGGCUCUACUUACCGGCGAAUCUCUUCCUGUGCUCAAGACACCAUACGUGACGCUUAAAUCGCAGAGCAAUAUUCCAAUCGGCGAUAGAAGCAAUAUGGCAUACUCGGGCUGCAGUACCACGCAAGGUCGUGCCUUGGGAAUUGUCAUAGCGACGGGAAUGAAUACUGAGGUUGGAAAGAUCGCGCAACUUUUGCAGGAUCAGAACGAAGAGGGCGGCUCAAAUGCCUUUGCCAGGGUAUUUCACCGUGUUAAGUCCCCCAUAAUGAACAUAUUGGGUUUGGUGGGAACGCCUUUGCAGGUGAAGUUGAGCAAGUUCGCCUUGUUACUCUUCGCCCUAGCCAUUUUAUUGGCGAUUAUUGUGUUUUCAGUCAACCUUUGGGAUGUGCAGGGUGAGGUUCUCAUCUAUGGUAUCUGCGUUGCCGUUGCCGUCAUCCCAGAGUCGUUGAUUGCAGUGCUUACCAUUACCAUGUCUGUCGGAACCAAAGCAAUGGCGAAAGGCAACGUUGUUGUUCGAAAGCUCCAAUGCCUUGAAGCUGUUGGUGGUGUCACAAACAUUUGUUCCGACAAAACUGGCACUCUGACUCAAGGAAAAAUGAUAGCUCGCUCGGCAUGGGUCCCAGGUGCUGGCACAUUGACAGUGUAUCAAGUUACCGAUCCUUUUGACCCUACAAGUGGAGUUGUGCAGCUUAAUGACAAUGAUUGGAAUUCAAACGAUUCAAUUAUCGAGAAUACCUCGCUGCAGACAUUUUUGUCAGCUCUUUCACUUUGCAAUCUUUCUACCAUACACCAUGAAAGAAACAUGUGGACGGCUGUUGGCGAACCAACUGAGAUUGCGCUUCAUAUUUUAGCCAUGCGAUUUGAUCUCGGGAAAAGAGCACUCAUUCGCAGUGGUCAAAUCGAACUCCGCACGGAAUAUCCCUUUGACUCUACUAUCAAGAAAAUGACGGCUGUUUACAGCAACGCAAGCAAAAGCGUCAAUGAGGUGUACACUAAAGGUGCACCUGAAGCUAUACUGCCCCUAAUAUCGAUGUCUGUGACAGAGAAACAGAGGGUCUUGGAAAGAGCAGAUAGAAUGGCCAGCGAAGGUCUGCGAGUUCUCUGCAUCGCUUUCAAGAAAGUAGCAAUUGACCAAGAUGAUCAGGUUUCCCCGCGGGGUGCCGCGGAGUCGAAUCUUGAAUUUUCUGGACUUGUGGGACUAUACGAUCCACCACGCGUCGAAACGGCCGCAGCAGUACAAAAAUGUCAGAUGGCAGGCAUUUCAGUACACAUGCUCACAGGCGACCAUAUUAAGACUGCUACGGCGAUCGCCGCAGAAGUUGGUAUUCUGGACGAAAUGCUAAUGAUAAUAAAGCCAGACAAAUUGGUCAUGGCCGCCGAUCAAUUUGAUAGAUUGACCGAUGCCGAAAUUGACGAGAUGGAAGAACUUCCUCUUGUGAUUGCUCGCUGUAGUCCGGCCACCAAGGUCCGUAUGGUUGAGGCUACACAUCGUCGAAAGGCUUUCUGUGUAAUGACGGGAGACGGUGUCAAUGACUCUCCUGCUCUUAAACGAGCUGAUGUGGGUAUAGCAAUGGGAAAGAAUGGAAGCGAUGUCGCGAAGGAGGCUGCUGACAUGGUUCUCACUGAUGAUGACUUCUCUUCCAUUGUAAAAGCAGUCGAAGAGGGAAGAAGACUAUUCGAUAACAUUCAAAAGUUUCUCAUGCAUUUGCUUAUAUCGAACAUUGCUCAAGUCAUUCUCCUUCUCAUCGCCUUGGCCUUCAAAGAUACCGGAGGAGAUUCGGUAUUUCCGCUAUCUCCACUUGAAAUCCUAUGGGCAAAUCUCGUUACGUCCUCGUUUUUGGCCGUUGGCCUAGGUCUCGAAGAAGCCCAGCCGGACAUCAUGUACCGGCCCCCACAUGACUUGCGUGUCGGAGUCUUCACUCCAGAACUAAUCAUCGAUAAGAUGGUAUAUGGCACUUGCAUGGGCUCUCUAUGCUUGGUAGCAUUCGUAUGUGUUGUCUACGCAAAAGGCACAGGAGCCUCCAGCCUAGGAGACGGGUGCAAUCAGGGAUAUAACUCAAGCUGUGAUACUGUUUUCCGAGCUCGAGCCACUACAUAUGCAACCCUAACGUUUCUUCUACUUGUAACAGCCUGGGAAGUCAAACAUUUCGCACGAUCACUUUUCAACAUGGAUCCGAUCAGAUUCCCCCAGCGCUUUUCGGUUUUCGCUACAGUCUGGCAGAACCGUUUCCUUUUCUGGGCGGUUAUUGCGGGCUUUGUCAUUGCCUUCCCGGUCAUUUACCUUCCUGUUAUUAAUGAGACUGUCUUCAAGCAUCAUGCUAUUACAUGGGAAUGGGGCGUAGUUUUCGGUUGCACGCUUGCUUACCUGGCUUGCGUUGAAACUUGGAAGGCAAUUAAGAGAAGAUUUGGGAUUGGGAGUGGCAAGCAUCGCAUUAUGACGCUGGAUGAUGCUGAGACUAGAAUUGGCUUGAAUACUCCAACUCUGAUGUCUAUGAGUGCCAAUGCGAGUGUGGAGAUGAAAUGA